CGUGACGCAAACAGAGACGAAGAAGGUUGAAUGGGUUGGGGUGAUUGGGCGAGCUUCGACCCAAAUAAACGAUGUGCAAUCAUUCGUGGCAGCUCCAGGAAGCUAUUUGAAUGAUCAAUUGGAGCUGGGGAUGAUCGAAAAGAAAACACCCAAAAUGGAAAUUUUUGGCCGAAAGUUUGAUGAAGAACAGAACGCAUCGAUUGGAACGUUUGGGAGUGAAUCGAUCGACACGAAGGGUGUGGACAAGUUUCUAGUGGUCCGAGGAAGGCAUCAGAAUGCUCAAUUCAUCGUGGAUAUGGCGGGAUUGAAAACGCCCAAAUUGAAAUUAGCCUCACCGGAAACUGGUUUUCUCUCGCCGGAAUCUGGGUUGGGGACGCCGGAAUCUGGGAAUUCAAACGGUGCGGACGGCGGGAAAUGCGUUCUUUGCAAUUGGUGUCGAAUCGAGCGCAAUCGAACCUUGAGAACGGAGGUAAUCGAUUCAUGGAAUCCAGGCGACGCGAAAGGAGGCAAUGAAUUUGAACAGGAUGGCGCAGAGCAGAAACGCCCAAAUUCGCCGAAGUCGCCGGCAACCUCGACAUCGCCGGAUUCUGGAUAUAGUUCGCCGGAUUCUGGAAUUUUUAGAAUUUCGAUCCUGGAUGCAAUCAAGCACACUGAUUGCGUGGGUAAGGUCCAUCGGAGCCCUACGAAUCUACUGAAACUCAAAUCGUGGAGAACAGAAGCCCAUUUCCGAGCUGAAGAAGAAUUUGACGUUCAAAUUUUUUUUGCCGCAAAGUGUGUUUGAGCAGCCCUCUUUCGAUCAACUUUGGGAGCAAUUCUGUGAUGAAUUUGAGAAGAGGCCCGAACAAGCUUUGAGGACAAAGCUUUUUGAAGAGGGGGAGCUUGAUAUGAUCCUAAUAGGGUCAAUCAUUGAUCGAAAAUUACUUACCAAAGAAGCUAUCAAGGUUGGAAAGAAGAAGGGCAGAAUUUGGUUAAGUAUACAGACAGUUUCAAUGUACCAACUUUGGAGGUAUGGUUCUCUUAAUUGGCUUAAUAAAAAUUGGUGUUUGAU